UAUAGAGCAACACUUUGCACAGACGACUAGAGACCCGUUGGCAGUUGUGAGCAGUGUUGCGUCCUGUCGAAAAUGAAGCUCUUCGUCGCGCUCUUGGCUGUCGGGCUGCCUGUCCUGGCCGCCGCCCACUCCUGGAUCGUCUGUACGGACUACCUGGAGAACAACGGCUGGUACUGGGAUGCGGCUAAGUGUCGGGCCUGGCCGAGAAAUGCACAGAGGUACAACCUUCGUGACAGAGUGUUCGGGACUUCUGGUGGUUAUGUGCACCGUCUUGACGACCAUCCCGAGCUUACUCCCCUGUGUAACGACCCGAGAGAUGAUGCCAACGGUUACCAGCUACCCAUGGCUGCCUACUACCUGGGACAGAAGGUGGUCAUCAACCAUCCAACAAACAACCACGUCAGUGACGCACAGUGUAACAUGAGAGGCCGUGCGGACACCGAGAACCUGAUGUUUGUGGUGGACGGAGACGAGGACCCCUGCUGUAUCGACUCGGACAAACUCAUCCAAAUCAUGGACAUGGGGGUGUCGCCUUACAACCAUGGUGAUGUACACUUUAGCGAUGAGUUCCUCUCGACCUAUCCGAAGCCUGGUUUCCAAAAUGCGCCCAAGUACUGUGAGGAUCCCGAAGACGCCAUGGGAACCUACAACUUCACUAUUCCUAUGGACAUGAAACCAGGUCGUCACACCUUCGUCUGGAAGUGGAUCCGUGUCCCCGAAGUCAACCCCUUCACCACCUGCUGGGAGGCUGACGUGUUUGCUACGAAGGCCGAGAGGGACCACCACUACCUGCAUACGGGCCGGACCACGGAGGACAUGUGGGACUUCUAUGAAAUCAACACCAUCGUGGACGGGGUGAUCGUGGAUCCGGUUGAUCCUGUGGACCCGAUCAUCUCUGGCUGAGCAAGAGCCAAAGUCUUGUUGGGGAAUAAACAUUUCAGAGAGAUGUUUCAAAAUA